UAUGCUGUCACACCAACCCAAAUGUUACCAAAUUUGAGUCGUUUUAUGUAAAAGCUUUGCCACAUCUCACUGAUAUGUCCCCUCAGACAGAGAAUUUUAAAAAGCCCCACUCACGAUGAAAUCACGAACUGUUGGAAACAAAGUAAAACACAAGAAGUAUCUCAGCGGGUUUAAAAUGUGAUAUUACUGCUUGCGCCCGUCUGUCCCCACAGUCUCUGAAUGCCACACGCGUUGUUUGCAGAUAAUAAGCGGCGUGAUUACUUGUGGACUCGAGUGUCCACACCUCUUUUCAUCUCACAUACACCCGUGUAAUGAAGCAGCGUGUUCUCCUCCUCUCGCUGCUGCCCACCCCGCACCUGUCCGCGCUGUGCGGCAGCCACGAGGGCUGCUCUUCCUUUUAUGGUCUGGCUUCCUUUGUGGACGCGUUAGUUGGAUGAGGAGAGCAGAGCAGAGCGCGGUGGUCCACAUUCCCCGCAUCUUCCAGUUGCGCUCCUGCGCUUUACGCAGAGUCCGCGGCUCCUCUGGAACACUCAGCUUUCUCUUUCUAAACACCGAGAUGAACAUGAGAUGAUUGAGCUCGUGGGCCGUGCGCACUGAUGCUUCUCAUUUUGCCGUUUCCUCGCGGUUUUUUCCUCUCCUGUCUGCAUCCUUCGCCGACCAAUCUGUGGAAUGGUCUGCGUUUUUUCCCCUGGGUUGUUUCCACUUCAGCAUGGGAACUGCGGUGUCCAAAAGGAAGAAUCUGAGGAGUGAUGCGAUUUCUUCCGUGGCCGCAAAAGUUAGAGCAGCCAGAGCAUUUGGAGAAUACCUGUCCAAUACCAAUCCAGAGAACCGCAACGGAGCAGAUCAUCUACUGUCUGACACUUUCUCUGGCCAGGACUCUCCAGACGUCAGUCACUUGCAUAACAACAAUCUGCCACCACAGAGCCGUUGUUUACCCAUAGCUAAACCCACCCAGUCCAGCCAGUCUAAUCCCAGCACUAACCCACAGUCUCAAUCUCAAGUCAACACUCUCCAGGCUCAAGCAUCACUUGGCCCCUCCAAACGGCGACUCUCUGCUGAACGCAGUCUUUCCAUAGAGGACCCACCUGCUGCCAGGGGCUCACAGGGGCCUGUUGCUGUGAAGCCAGCCAGGGUGUACACAAUCACCAGGGAAGGCGGGAUGACCCUCGGGGGCCGUGGCAGUGAGGAGAGCCUGGAGUUGGAGGUGCUGAAGGGCUCCCGGGAGCAGCCUCUCUCACAGAGCACUUCUGCUGCCAGUCAUGGCCUAUCCUGCACCAGCCAGCCAACCGCCUCAGCUGCCCGUGGCAGCCAUCACCGUAGCAGCCAUCACCGCAGUAACCAACAUCAUGCCCAGCAGCAUCACGGAGGCCCAAUGUCAUCAUCGCAGCCGCUGCAGAGCUCGGGUAGCGCUGGCAACAUUCGUGAUUGGGGAAUGAGGAGAGGUGGGUCGCGGGAUGACUACACCCCAGACUGCGUUGCCUGCAUUCGGGCUCCAUGCCAAAGUCAGCGCUCCCUGGACCUAGAUACCUCACCCCGAGAUGGAGGGAAGCAACGCAAAAAACUGGAGAGAAUGUACAGCGAGGACAGAGCAUCUACAGAUGACAGGGAGGACAAUCCUAACAGCUGGUUCCCCAAAGAGAAUAUGUUCAGCUUUCAGACAGCCACCACCACCAUGCAGGCAAUAUCGGCUUUCCGAGGCAUUGCUGAGAGAAAGAGACGGAAAAGAGAGCAGGAGGCAGCCACCAUGAUGGAGAGAAAUUUUCGCAAGCACCUUCGGAUGGUGGGCAGUCGCAGGAUGAAGGCCCAGACCUUCGUCGAUCGUCGAGCCAAGAGCUUCAGCCGCUCGUGGAGUGACCCCACCCCCGUCAAGCCUGAGUCACUGCAUGAAUCCAGAGACAGUGGCGAGCUUCAGACCUCCUCAGGGACGCUGGAUGAAGGGCUGGACGAGGAUGCCGACUGGGAGGAGGAGAGGGAAAUGGAAAGAGUGGCCUGCGACGGAGAAGACUUUAUUCCUCCCAAAAUCAUGCUGAUAUCUUCCAAGGUCCCAAAGGCUGAAUAUGUUCCCAACAUAAUUCGUAGGGACGACCCCUCCAUCAUCCCCAUCCUUUAUGACCAUGAACAUGCCACAUUUGAUGACAUUCUGGAGGAGAUCGAGAAGAAGCUGACUGCCUACAGGAAAGGCUGUAAAAUCUGGAACAUGCUCAUUUUCUGCCAGGGAGGUCCGGGACAUUUAUACCUGCUGAAGAAUAAAGUGGCAACCUUUGCCAAGGUGGAGAAAGAAGAAGAUAUGAUCCAGUUCUGGCGGCGGCUCAGCAGGCUGAUGAGCAAGCUGAACCCAGAGCCCAACCUCAUCCACAUUAUGGGCUGCUAUGUGCUGGGAAGUGCUAAUGGAGAAAAGCUUAUUCAGACUUUGAAGAGGUUGAUGAGACCCACCUCCGUUGAAUUUAAGUCUCCACUAGAGCUGUCGGCACAGGGCAAAGAGAUGAUCGAAAUGUAUUUUGACUUCCGCUUGUUUCGCCUGUGGAAAAGCCGCCAGCACUCCAAGCUACUGGACUACGACGACCUCUUGUGACACCACCCAGUGUUCUGUUGGCUUGUCGGCCAGUUAUUGCGAAUCUGAGCCUACCUUUGUACGGUGUCAAGGCAUUUGGUUGAAGUGGGGGGGCUCCUCUCCUCUCCAGAGAGGUUCCUAGACCGGCUCUGUGUGCGCAGCUGGAAGCUGGAGCAACAGUGGAGGCAGCAGCAGUUGGGUCUGUUUUUGUAAGCCCUUCUGAAGCGACGGGGUGUGGCCCUGUAGAUUCAGCCGGCGGUGUGCUUUCUCUCCUGCACCUAUUUUCACUUUCUGCCUCUGCCUAACCCUAGAAAAGAGAAAGAAGGGGGACAAGAGUGAGUUGGAGAAGCAAGUGACUCAUCAUCCUAGCCUAAAUGUGUCAGAAACGCCAACUACACUUAGAUUUCUGAGUUCAGAGAGACUAUUAGAUACAAGAGUGACAGUGGAGAAUCUCUGUCUGAGAUUUGAGGAUGUUUUUUUCUUGUCCCACCUUUAGCCAACCUAUCUGCUCUUGUUAGGAGGCUUAUAAGGAUGGAUUUAUAAGUUAUUUACAAAGGAAUUAGAGCUUAUAUGUAAAUAAACAAGUGCUUGCUAGAGCAUUAGAGAAUACAUUUUCAGCAUCUCUCUCCAUGCUGUCAUGUGAUAAUCUGGACAUGUGAUUAGUCAUUUUAAGAAUUAGAGUUGUCUAUUUACUGCAGUCUUUUUUUAAACCUUCAUAUAAAUGUAAUAGUAUUUCUUACAGACUGUUGUAAUAACUCAGGUCAAAUUCUUUUGUUUUCUACUAAGAAUUGUACUCACCUGUACAACAUACUGUAGAUCAGAAUCAAAGGCCUUCAUACUCCACACAGAGUCAUCUUCAGUGGAACAUCAGGGAUGAGCGGAGCUUUUCUCCAUUUUCAUCUCGCCUUUUGAGUCAGCUGUAGCCAAACAGACAGAUGCAUCCAUGCAUGUUUUUCAUAACAUUACAGCAUUAUGUUUUAGCCCACUGAGCCACUGCUAGCUGAUUUUUCUUGAGCUAUUGGUUCGUGGGCUCAAAGCCUUUUGCAGUGUUUGUAUUGCACAUGUGCAUUCAAACCCUUCUUGCAUAGUUAGCCUGUAAAGAGGUUUCACUUGGAGGCUGACAUCACACUCUUUACAGUGAGUGUAAUUUAUAUAGUGCAUAUUUAGUUCAUUCCAACAGUUUUUCACAUUUUUGGAGAACUUUCAUUCUUUAUUUAGCUUGGACAUCCAGUGGAGUGGUAGGGGCGAUGAUAUCCUUUGACUUAUUUUUGUUUCCCCUCACCACCAGCUUGUUGUUUCCAUCUCAAUAUACUCUUAAUCUUAAUCAUAUAACAGCAACAAUGUGUCCCAAACGCUGUCUUUGCCAUGCUUAUUCCCAGCAUUACAGUCCACUGUAAAAUGUUUUGCUGUAGCAAGAUUUUAAAGAUGCACUGGUGUGAUUUUGUGUUUUGCUACCUUACAGUUGGGACGUUUCAGUCAGACUGACAAAAGCUGAAGCAGCAGAGGCUGAGAUAGCUUCAUCUUCAUUCUUCUGAUUGUUCCAUUUGCAAGAUCCUACAUUUCCCACAAUGCAACAUGACUGCUUUUUUUCUCGAGCUCCUCUUGGAAUGACAAAUGUCUGAAUUCUAAACUUAAACUUUGUGUGACACAAAGUUUUGUGGUACUGUUUUUUCUUUUCUUUCUUUCAAAAAAUGUGUCAUCCAAGCUAAAUGACAUCAUCUGUAGGAAUAUUUAGCUCCACUCAGGGGCUUAGUGUUGUGUAGAUCCACAAAUACAAUAAUGCCAUAUAGCUGAUCAUUGCACACUUAGUUUACAAUAAUAAUAAAAGUUUUGGGGGACUGUGCUGUUUAGAAAUACAUGUACUGGUAUUGAAUAUGAGUAUUGAAUAUGAGUAAAAAUGGACAGGAUGAGUGAAAUUUACAUUGUUUCGUCUCAAACUUGUGCUAAUGUGGUCAUGUCCUCUGUUAUAUAAUCACUUUUUCCUCCCUUCUGCACCCUCAGACCAAAGCACUCUUUCUUAUCCGCAGCGCAAGCUGAGAAAAAGUGCUUUGUUUCUUGUUUCUUCCGUGCAGUUUGCUCGCAGAAUGAAAAUUAGUGUUUGGAUUUGGGAUGAGUUGUGAUAUUUUUAAAGUAACACAAGGUGUAUUGUUCAUGAUAUGUUUACUAGUCUCUUAUACUGUGUCCUGUCUGCAUUGUAAACAUAGUUCACUGCUUAUUUUUCCACAAAUUCCAAGCUUUGUUGCAGCUUCUUGGGCCAUCCAUGUCAGCUGACCUGGAAUUAGUUUUCAUGAAGCAGUCUUGAUAGGUAGAAAUUACAAAAGAAAUCUGAAAUCUAUUUUAUUUACUACAUUUAACUACCAAACAGCUUAAAAUAUGCCCCUGUUAUUUAACUGUUAUUGUGAGAGUUUUUGUGUUCAUGGGACCGAAAUCUCAAAUUUAGAAUAGUGGGUCAUAAUUAUGAGUGGUAUUGGAUAAGCUGCUGAGAUAAGGUCUCUGACAUGUUUGAUUGAAUGCAAUCUUCUUCCACAUAUACCUGUUACCAUGACAUUUGCUAUGUUUGCUGUGUCUUAAAUCACAUACUUCUAUAUUUACACUCAUUAAUUUGAGUUCGACAUUGUGUUCACAAUAUCAAGUACUGCUCCACAAAGUGCUGCUUGAGUACCUAGAAAUGUGGAACAUUUCUCGAGUUCAAGGGUCACUGUUAGCUAGCAGAUAGACUGCUAGCAGAUAGACUGCUAGCUAACUGGUAGUCCUUCCGUAAGAGUUUUUUUUUUUUUUGUUAAGGGUAGAUUUUUUUUCUUCAGGCACUGAAACUAGCUUUGUUAAAUUGUUUUGCAUAUUGCAAAUGCCAUUAAUGGUGAGUGCAUGACUGGUCAGCUUUGAUUUGAAACAAGCCUACCUGGUAAAUCCAUUUACUAAACAAGUAGCUAUAUAGUGUACAUAAAGCACUAAAUGAAAAAGUAUUUGAAUUACUUAAACAGGCAGGGAUACAAUGCUGCUACAUACUCUUUUAUUCCACAAAGCAUGUAUCACCCAAUCUCUGUCACAAGCAUUGUGAUAAUUUGGUGUAAUCAAAGGAAAAACGAAGACCUUUCUAGUUCCAUGGCUGCUCCUGGUUUGCACCAUUAAGUCAUGCAGCAUACUGUCUCACAUGGCAUCUGGGUCUUCGAAUUACCUCAAAUGCAGAGAGAACCAGGGAUUUAUUUGUUAGGGAAUAUUUAAUGAUAUUUUCUCUACUGCUACCUUUUUAAUUUUCAUAAAUGUUAUGCUCAGUUGAAAAUAUUGUACAUUUUCAUUGUACAGUUUGUGUUUUCUUUUUUUGUUUGGUGUUGGUGGAUUAUGUGUAAGGACUUCAUUAUACUUUCCAUGUGAGUGAGUCUAUUAGGCUCAGGUUGGGUCUAAAUGAUUUUGUCAUGAGACAGUGAGCCAGUCUAUGCAGAUGUCUGCAUGCCUGGCUCUUUUUUGACUGUGGACACUGGAGAUUUUACAUUACUGGACAACAACCAGAUGGCAGACUUCAAGCGGACGUAUAAGAAUUACGACAGGGAUGACUUCUUGGCUCUCAUGUCUCCUGUACAUGUCUGAAACAUAGUAUAAUCAAUGCUUGGAGCAAAGUUACUGAAGGUAAACAUUUCCUCAGCUGUUCUUUUGUCAAAUUCCUCCAGGAAACCGAAAACCAUAUAACAACCGCCUGGUUAUUGGCAAUCCAUCUAGGGCUGGACUCAGCGGUAGGGUUUGCGUUAAUGUCCACCCUGUUUGAUAGAAUUUUCUUAUUUGGAAUAUUCAAAUGGAAAAGCUUUAAACAGAAAAAAAUGUGCCUAAAACAAUACCCAACCCUAAACCACCCCCAGGUGUGUCAGCGAAGAUAUGAUGUUUUGUUUAUGAUAUCAGUUUUAAGUGACCUCUAGUUUGAGUGCUGGCCUUAACUGCAACUUAUUAGAAGCAGCGCCAGGUUGUUAACAUUAAUGCACAAUAUUGAGUGCUGAGUGUGUUAGUGCUGUGGAAAUGUGCAUUAUGCUAAACUGGUCAUCUGUUCUAGAACAGGUAAUCCCUCUCCUCCUUUGUUAUUCAAUCAGCCUUUGAUUGUGUUUGCUGAUCAAACCGCCAACUGUUACUUCAAACAGGAGGCGGCUGUUCAGUAUUUAAAUUGUAGUAGUAUUUUACAGCCGUUGUGUACAGUCUGGCUAGUUUUGCAUGUUCACCUUGUUUACAUUAACGUCAAAGUUAGUUGAGGUUGGUGUAAGUUAGUGUAACUCUCAGGCAAUUAUACAACUUUGAAUGUUUCUUUUCCCUUUGUUCAGGCUUUAUGAGCGUUUUGGACUUAUCAUGUGAGGUCGUGCCUGUCCUUUGUGCCCAGUGAUCUCUUUGCUUAAAGAUGGUUCUGAUCUUAAAAAUCGUUGUACAUUCAUGACUUUCCUUCAUGAAGAUAUGUAUUCAUUUAAAGAUCAAAUACUUUCCCAGUUUGUAUUCUGUAGCAGUAAUCUGUGUAAGAAUAUUUCUGUAUUGGUAUUUCAAUUUGUAUAUUUGUAUGUACAAGAGCAUUGUUGGAGGUACUGUACGAGAUACCUUUGGAUUUUAAUGACUGUCUUACAAUUCUGUGGACAGAAACAGACACUGCAGUGUGUGCAGUGUGCUCGCUGCUCGGCUCCUUUAUAUUCUGCAGCAGUUUAGCGCAGCCCCAGUUCUGCUCAUACGACCCUCUUCUUUCUCCUCUGCUGCGAGUUUAAAUAAAGGUCAAAGCCCAGAGCCUAAUUACACACCUCUGUUCGACACUUGUAACCACAUCUUAAGUCGAGGUGUUUAAUCGUGCUCUUAUACUAGAAACUGGCACAAGUUUGAUGGAUUUCUAAUGAGUUUUCUGAUAACAAAGACAACAGAGACUUUACUGGAGAUUCAUUAUCUGCUGUCAAGCCCACAACAUUUUCCCCAUGGCUCUGAUCAGAUAAAACACUUAGCUCUCUUGCUGGAACAUAACGCAUCAGUGCUAACAUGAAGGAAGAGCCCAAGCAGUGUAAAACAACUCGCAGACUUUGUAGACUAGAGCGGUUUUGAGUCACGCUGAAGCAUUUCAUUCCCAUGGCAAAGUCAGGUAAUGUAGGACAUCAGAGAUAAUAGAUCAGAUCUUUGAAUAUUACCAGUCAAACACCAAACAGAAUUUUACAAUGCUGCUACAAAAAUCUUUUACAUGAAACAAUUAGGCUGAUUGGUUUGAACUUACUAAGACGAGUUGAGCAAAGAUUUUUAUUAAAAAAAAAAAAAAAAAGAUCAUUGUUCCAAAAACCUGCACUGUACUGAAAAAUGAUAGUUAUAGUAUAUUAUGUCAUUUUGAGAAAUAUUCAAAUAAUAACCUUUGCUUUGAGGAUAAUUGCUUUAAGAAGCAGAGUGACUCUUCCAUUAAGUAAAUUGGGUCAAAAAGGUUAGACUACAUGAGUUUUUCUGCUGCUUGCCAGAAUUGCAGGUUAGACAUUUCUGGCAUUUUUAGUGCUUAAAAAUAUGAAAGUUUACGCAGUGACUACAUAUCAACCACAGUUAUCUUGAACUGGCCAUUGUCACAUACACAGACUACGAAAACUCCAGUAUCACAGAAUCACACAAUGAAAGUCAAUAAUUAUGCUUUGUGAUUGGAGUAGUAAUUGCCUUAUUUUUUAUGAAAUGAAGGCAUAAUCAAUUUUCUUUCUCAGUUGUCCCCUUUCACUUUUGUUUGUCCCUAUCAUUUAAAUAUGAUCAGCAAGUGGAAAAACCCCUAACCAAGGUCACAUAAAAUACUUCUGAAGAUAAUACUUAAUCUAAUGGGAGAAAUUUUGUUUCCAAAUAUCUAAAAUCACUGAGAGAAGCUUCAGUGUCAGGUAUCUAUAGGCUACUGGGUUUGUUACUAGAGUAUCCGCCCCAUUCAGAAACAAAGCAUACAUUAUUUCAUUAACAAUGUUAUUGAUCAGCAAUAUUGACCAGUGUCGCUUUAAGAUAAAAAGUAAACACCUGUACAUAUUGGCAGUGGAGAAAGCAGGAAACAUCAUAUUUUUUAAAGGAGUCGAGCGGCGACUGCCUUGGCAAACUUCGGUGUGGGAAAACUCUGGCAGUAAAACAUGACUCAUAUCUAGGAUGUUAAGCCUCUUCUAAUGAGGUCAGGUAUUCAUAUACGUGCAGAUGUAUUUCAGGGGGAAAUGACCACACGCAGUUUGACUUGUCGUGAUGGUUCACCGAAGCAGCCAUUUCCAUUUCUUGAGAGGAUAAUUACAUAAAUCAAGAGCUUGAGCUUUGCCUCCUCUCUUGUUAUUUUCCACGUGAAACUGUGUGUCAUAUUGACAAUAGCAAAGAUCGCUCAAAUUAUUAUUAAGCAUUGUUGUGCCCUCCCUGCUGCUUUGUUCCAGUUUCAGUGAAGAUUUCCAAGGCUCAGUUGGGAAUGAGUGUGAUGAGGAUGAUGAAAUGACGCUGCUUUGAUUGCCCUGACAUCUCCAGUUGGGCUGUGAUUGUAUUUCUGGAAGUUUUGAAAAUAAUAUGUCUAUGUAAUGUCUGUGUCAUUUUGGAUCAACUUCUAAAUAAUUUAACUGAGCAUUACAUUUUGGAAUAGAUUUUUUAGUCCAACACAGUAGAGUGUGAGAUUUAUAUAUGUUACAGUAAGCUUCAUCCAUGUGUAUGGAUAGAGAAAAUCUUAAAGGUAUGAUAGCAAUUAACAUUACUGCAUAUAGUGAUUUUGAUACUAGCAUAAGUUAAAACUAUUAUCUGGGUAGCUUUCCUGAGCUUUGGGGUUUCUUCCUUAGAAUAGACAUUAGAGAAUGCUGCUUAUUUAAAGGGCAAUGUGUUGUAUCUGAACUAAUAGCAAGGAAAUGUUUUUGCAUUGCACAAUGUUGGUAAUAACCUGUGAGAAAAAGUAUUGUUUCUGCAGCAUUUC